UUUUUUUUUUUGUUUCUGUUGUUUUUCUUUUCUUUUUCUUUUUCUUUUUUGCUUUAUCUUUCUCUAUUGGACUUGAUACUAUUAAAUAGAUCAUGGUUCUUGGAAAUAUAGAAGGCGGAUCUCAAGCCAGUCAUCAAAAGCAUUUAGCCAAUUUACUUUCUAUUGUACAAAAACGCUCGGCAGAUCAAAAGCGACAAAAACUGAAUAAUAAGGAACCAGCAGCAAAAUCUUCAAUCAAUAUUACUAAUCGAUCUUCUGUUCCCAAGGCAGCUUUACCUAGUUAUCAUUAUAAAGACGACAAUGAAUUACCUCACUUGGAAAUAGGCUUGAAAUCAACCAUUGAACCUCGCCCCUAUCAAUUAGAAGCACUCUCAGCUGUUACCUCAUCUCAAGAUCCUUCUCAAAACGACAAUGAUAAUGAAAAGUCUCUCACAAAGAUAUUAGAAGAAAACUCAAUCGCCCACUCUGGUAUCAUUGUUCUUCCUUGUGGUGCUGGCAAGACGUUGACAUCUAUUCUCGUGGCUUGUGCGGUACAGAAAUCAGUUUUGGUGGUAUGUUCAACUAUCAUUGCGGCUGAACAGUUUCAACAAGAAUUCCUACGCUCAACAACUUUGAUGGCUUCACGCAUGGGUAUGUUUGCUGGGAACAAAAAAUGGCCUUUCAAUGGUGUCUCUGGUGUGCUCUUCACUACCUAUACGAUGUUGGUGGAAAACAAGAAUCGAUCGGCUGACAGCAAGCGAAUGGCGCAGUUUGUGGAAAAGAUGGAUUGGGGAUUGAUUAUUUUGGAUGAAGUACAUUGUGGACCGGCUGCUAACUAUAGUAAAGCGAUCACCAAAAUCAAGACCAAAGUACGUUUGGGGUUAACAGCGACUAUGUUACGUGAAGAUGAGAAAAUCGGUGAUUUAGAAACAAUUGUAGGUCCUACUUUAUAUCAAGCAAAAUGGAAAGAAUUAGCCGACCGUGGUUAUAUCGCCAAAGUGAUUUGUACUCAAGUGGAAUCUCGACUCUCGCCUCGUCUAUUACAAGCAUACGAUGAACUCAGUGAAAAGCAUUCCGACGAAAAUCAUUCCUUCCUUGGUCAACGACAUCAUAUGAAAAGUUUAUUAGCCAUUCUCAACCCUCAAAAAAUGCAAUUAUGUCAACGUCUGAUUCAAUAUCAUGAAGCAAUGGGUGAUAAGGUUUUGGUAUAUUGCGAUCAUAUUGAAGCUCUCAAGUUAUAUGCGGAAAAAUUAGGUCGACCUUAUAUUUAUGGUGGAACUUCUACUCCUGAAGCUCAAGCCCUUUUGAAACGAUUCCAAAUAGAUGCUCAUAUCCCUACGGUGGAUGAAAAUGGUGAACCUUUGACAUGGUCUCAAAUGGCGGUCUUACGGGCUGAAAGAGCCAAACAAAUCAAUACUCUUUUUUUGUCUCGUAUUGGCGAUACCAGUUUGGAUUUACCUGCAGCUACUGUAUUGAUUCAGGUCUCUUCUCAUUUUGGUUCUCGGCGACAAGAAGCUCAACGUCUAGGUCGUGUUUUACGUGCAAAGAAACGAAACGAUAAAGGUUUUUAUUCUCGGUUUUAUACAAUGGUUACGAGCGAUACCCAUGAAGUUACUUUUUCAGAACGACGACGACAAUUUUUAGAAGACGAGUGUGGCUACGGGUAUCAAAUAUGGAAAGUAGGUCAAAAAGAAGAAGGACAACAAGAAACAACAAAGAAUCAACAACAACAAAUAGGUAAUGGAUGGAUGGUGGAUGCAGAUCCUUUAGCAACAACACCAUUGGAUGAUGAAGUCAAAUUGGAUCCUCUCACCUGUCAUAUUCAUGGUACUGGCAAACGACCUUAUGAUACACCUGAAGAAGAAGAAUCUUUGGUACAAUACAUAAUGGGCUUGAAGAAUGUGCAAGUGGAAGAAGAUGACACGGAUGAUAGUAGUUUGAUGACGAUGGCUUCUGGAUCAACAAAAACCGCUUCUACUGGAUCAAAACGAAAACGGGUCAUGACGAAAUAAUAGGAUUAUUCAAGACGACUUGAAUGGCUUUGAUUUUUUUUUUUUUUUGGUAUCUUUGUUAUUUUCUUCUAGUAUAGUUUCCUGUUUUUCCAAUUUAUCAUUUGUACCUUUAUCUAUAUUGUAGUAAUAGUCCAUAUUCCCCCCUUCAUUUUUUUUAGUAAUAAUAAUAAAAAAAUUUUUUUUUUUAUUAGAAUUUAUUUUAACUUGUGUAUUAUCCUCAAAAUGAC